UCUUUUUCAUGGUUUACAGAGGCGUUCUUCUCCGUGUACAAACAGAUGAUCCAAGAAGAAAUGGAUAAAGCGCGUAUGAUGGCUGAUCCUGAAAGUGUGGAAGGUCAACGCUUAAUUCAGGAACAGAUACAGCUUGAAAAUAUUAACUACUCGUAUGCGCUCGAAUAUACUCCUGAGGCUUAUAUACCAGUCUAUAUGCUCUACAUCAAAAUGGAAAUCAAUGGCCAUCCUGUUAAAGCUUUCGUUGACUCUGGUGCCCAGGUCUCCAUUAUGUCAGAAGCUUGUGCGCGGAGAUGUCAACUCUCUCAUCUAAUCGAUAAGCGAUUCACAGGAACGGCGAAAGGAGUUGGAGGAAUACAGAAAUUCGUUGGAAAAAUUCAUUCAUGUCAAGUGAAAGUGGAGGACCAUUAUUUUCCUUGCAAUUUCGAUGUUAUGGCUGACCGGGAAAUGGAUCUUCUUCUAGGCCUUAAUAUUCUCAAACGGCACCAAUGCAACAUCAAUCUCAAAGCGAAUGUAUUAGAGAUGGGUGAUGGGACUAAAACACCCUUUUUACCCGAAUCAGAGAUCGAUACACAUCUGAGUGGACUUGUUGAUUCAGGUAGUAACUUAAACAAUGAAUCUUGGUUUCUCUGA